GUUUCUCCGUGUGCGCACGCGCCGCUGGAGCCGCCGCCAUCCCCGUCGCGUCCGCGCACUCCGCGUUUUCGCCGUCUCCCUAGAGCUUUGCCGUUGGAGGCGGUUGCUGCGGCACCGUAGGCCCCGCGCGGCAGCGAUAUGGAGGAGUUUAAGUCCGAGGAUUUCCCCGUCUCGAAGGAGGACGAGGAUUACGCGCUGUCGGGUGGAGAGUGUCAUGAAGAUGCUGUAAAUGAAUUAGUGAAAGAAGGUGAAAUAGGUGCUGAAGAGGAAACACAGAAAACCAAAGGGACAAAAAGAAAGGCUGAGAGCAUUCUGGCCAGGAAGAGAAAACACAGUGGCCUGUCACUACAACACGAGGACGAGGAGGAUGCCAACAGGGAAUCUGGAGGAAGUAGUAGUGAGAAGGAAGAUGCAGCUGCAGAGCAGGAAAAAGGCGUUGAGUCAGAGGAUGCCAGGGAAAAGGAGGAGGAGGAAAUGUUGGCCAGCUCCGUCAGUGAUGUAGAACCAAAAUCAGAAGUGCCUCCGAGUACACAAGUUAAAACAGGAGAGGAGAAUAAAGAGAUGAGUUCAAGUAAAGUGGUCAAAGCAGAAGAACAAGAGAAACCUAAAGAACCAGAAGAAGUUAAAGUCACCAAGGUGUUUGAUAUUGCUGGUGAAAAAGUCAGGUUUCUCAGGAGACAGGGAAGGCCUGGUAUGUCCCCGGAACAUGAGCCCCCCAGAUCAGAAGGUGGCCAGCAUGCCACUGGGGAAGAGCAGAGGUCAGUUACUAAUACUUCUAAGAAUGAAUCGACUAAGCGAAAGUGGAAACGACGUUCAAAUGUGGUCGUGACUGGUGAAGAAAGUAAACUCCGAUGCUGUAAAGAAGAAUAUUGCAUAGGAACCUGGAAUGUUAGAUCUAUGAAUCCAGGUAAAUUGGAUGUGGUGAAGCAGGAGAUGGAAAGAAUAAACAUCGACAUCUUAGGAAUUAGUGAACUAAAAUGGACGGGAAUGGGCGAAUUGAAUUCAGAUGACCAUUAUAUCUAUUACUGUGGGCAACAGUCUCUUAGAAGAAAUGGAGUAGCUAUCAUAGUUAACAAAAGAGUCCGAAAUGCAGUAAUUGGGUGCAAUCUGAAAAAUGACAGGAUGAUUUCAGUUCGUUUCCAAGGCAAGCCAUUCAACCUCACAGUAAUCCAAGUCUAUGCCCCAACUCCCUAUGCUCCAGAACCUGAAGUUUACCGGUUCUAUGAAGACCUACAACACCUUCUGGAAAUAACACCAAAAAUAGAUGUCCUUUUCAUCAUAGGGGAUUGGAAUGCAAAAGUGGGAAGUCAGGAGAUACCCAGAAUAACAGGAAAAUUUGGCCUCGGGGUACAGAAUGAAGCAGGGCGAAGGCUAAUAGAGUUUUGUUACCAGAACAGGCUGGUCAUAGCAAACACCCUUUUCCAACAACACAAGAGACGACUCUACACAUGGACAUCGCCAGAUGGUCGAUACCGAGAUCAGAUUGAUUAUAUUAUUUGUCGCCAAAGAUGGAGAAGCUCUGUACAGUCAGCAAAAACAAGACCUGGCGCUGACUGUGGCUCAGAUCAUAAGCUCCUUAUUGCAAAGUUCAGGCUUAAGUUGAAGAUAAUACCAAAAACCACUCGGCCAUUCAGGGGGACUAAUGAAGUGGGUGAGACCUCUCAAGAAGCGAAAUCUGCAUUCAAGCAAACUGAAAAGGACAAACCUCAGGCUAAUGUCCCUUCAAAUGAGUCAUCUGUUCCCGGUGGGUCAGGGGUGUCUAAGGAAGUGGGUGAAACAUCUCAGGAAGGGAAAGCUGUCUUCAAGCAAAAUGAGAAAGAAGAACCUCAGUCCAGUGUCCCUUCAGCGGUGCUAUCACUUCCUGCUGGGUCAGGGGUGUCUAAGGAAGUGGGUGAAACACCUCAAGAAGAGAAAUCCGUCUUCAAGCAAAAUGAGAAAGAAGAACCUCAGUCCAGUGUCCCUGCAGCGGUGCCAUCACUUCCUGCUGGGUCAGGGCCUGAAAACUGUGACCUUCAAAAGAACCAGGAUUGCAGCAAUUAAGUAUCUGACUUUAUCCUUAACCACCUGAACUGAGAAGACUCUUGAGAAUGCUUGGAGUGCAAGGAGAUCAAACCAGUUAAUCCAAAAGGAAAUCAACUGUGAAUAUUCAUUGGAAGGACCUUUGCUGAAGUGAAGCUCCAAUACUUUGAAAAGAUGACUCAUUGGAAAAGACUGAGAUACUGGGAAGAAUUGAAGGCAAUAGAAGAAUGUGCCGGCAGAGGAUGAGAUAGUUAGAUAGCAUCAUCAACUCAGUACACAUGAAUUUGAGCAAAUAUCAGGAGAUACAGUGGAGGACAGAGGAGCCUGGUGUGCUUCAGUCCAUGGGGUCACAAGAAGCUGUAAAAUGUUUUUGUAUUUCCUUUAGGUUCUACUUACUAGUUUAUAGUAAAAUUCUCUUCCAAAGAUCUGAUUAAA